AUGUUGAAACUCGUACGUCGGUUUUUAUGAUUUACUUGGUUCAGGUUAAUCAACGGUGUGUUCUAAGAACUUUUUCUUUGUCGAAUGUUCGAAAUCUGUCAACAGGUAAAUUUUUACACAAAAUAUUCCUGUAUAGGCGAAAAGGAUCUAGUCGUCAUCGGAUCCGGACCUGGUGGCUAUGUCGCCGCCAUCAAGGCCGCACAACUUGGCAUGAAAGUAUCUUCUCUGUUUAUUUCGAACUUUAUAUUAGACGGUGUGCAUUGAAAAAUAUCCAACUUUCGGUGGCACCUGCUUAAAUGUUGGCUGUAUACCCAGCAAAUCUCUCCUCAAUAAUUCUCAUUACUAUCACAUGUGCAAGUCUAAAGACAUGGAGAACCGUGGCAUUAACCUAGGGAAUGUUAGUCUUAAUCUGGAAGGCCUCAUGGCUGCCAAACGAAAGGCCGUAUCGACCCUAACCGGAGGCAUCGCCCACUUGUUCAAAAGCAACAAGGUAACCAACUUCUGUAUCUGCACGUUUUGCACCGUAUUUUCAAGCACUAACUUCCCAUUAGUAUCUUUUUGUUUCCCCUAUACAAGGCGGGCGGUUGUUCACCAUUGCUACUUUGUUUUCUGUCAUCAGUCAGAUUGGACAAAUGUUCUGCGAGCGCUUAUGAAAUGACCCACGUACCUCCAGUCCGGUGCACAGUACAAACUGUGGAGUAGUUGCAUGAUAUAACGACAUGCCUUUAUAGAUUCGCAAACUAAUUUCUAACUGACAGACUAUUCGGCUUUCCACAAUGUUUCGUCCUUGUACCAAUGACUGGCUUUUUAAGAUCAAACGUGGCUCAGCCGCCUUUUUGCCUGCACUCACCCAAUUUGUAAUGCUUGCAAGAAGUCGUAUGCCCGGUUUCAAUAACAAACAAUACUUAGAUAGUAUUCAUCUAAGCUUCCUUUAGAAGGCCUACCUUUGAAGAACCACUUCUGGUUUUUCCUCUCACAUAUCGCCACUUGUCCCAGCGACUUGAUUAUUCAUCCUUGGUGAUCUUUAAAAUUCGAGUAGCCCUAGUUACCAGCACUACACUUUAGGGAAAGGUCGAAUGUUUCUUCCAUACCUUUGCUGUUUUCAUAGGUCGAGAGUAUCCAAGGUGUUGGUACGAUCGCGAGUCCAAAUCAGGUCGUUGUGAAGAAACCAGAUGGAAACGAAGAAAGAAUUUCGACCAAGAACAUCUUGAUCGCCACCGGAAGUGACGUUACUCCAUUCCCUGGCAUUGAAAUUGAUGAGAAAACUAUUGUGUCUAGCACCGGGGCCCUCUCCCUUCAACAGGUCCCCAAACACCUCGUCGUCAUUGGGGCUGGCGUCAUCGGUGUGGAACUAGGCUCGGUUUGGAGACGCUUAGGAGCUGAGGUAGCUACUUAACUGCCUUCAAAACUACGUACCCUAUGAUCAAAUAUCUCUGCGUUGCGACUUUAUUGAAACCAUUGUCCCACGUUUAUUUUGUCACAUCUCAUUUGCACCACCAAUUUACUUUCCUGGUCUUCAGAUGCUAAGGGCAGAAGAGACGUCAGCUACAUUACUGUUUAAAUUCAAAGAUUCCCCUGCCCCUCAAGGAAAAGACCGCAAUCCAACCCCAUGAUGCAAAGCACUUAUCAUACUUCCUACGGCCCGUGAAUAUUUUAUCAUUAUCUCAAAAGCCCAUCUACUCAUCACCUUAGGGGCUCUUUGCUAUUCGAUUUUGGCAUUAAUCCCUUCCUGCCCAUCUAUCCAUGUUGGUUGGUCUCAUUUGGUUAGUAGUGAGCUCACCCUGAUUCAAAUUUUGCUCGGAGGCAGUUGUUAAUUAAGCUACCCUUGAUAGCAUUUUGGCGCCCACGACCAGACAUCUGCCAGCCGCUCUGAUUUACGCCCUCGUAUAAGGCUAGUAAUUUAAUUGGCUAACGAUGCUUAGCCUUCGCGAGAUGGUCCUUACUUCCACACCCCCCACCCCCGCGCUUACCCCGUGCAUUUUGCGCGUUAGGUCUGACGCCCUCCUCCAGGACACUUAAAUGUCUCACGGUAUCACCUUCUAGCUGGAGUGGGCAUGCAUAAUCGAUUUCGGAUGAGAACCCGACACUUUCUGACGUAAGUAGUUUGGCAUGGCACUCGACCUCAACGUGCAGCGCACUCGAUGCAUGCCUGCAAACGAAAACUCCAUAGGACGAGAUGUCGGACGAAACUGGCUCACGUGUGCAGGGGAGCUAGCCGUCGAUCUGGCGCUGCGUGCGCAAUCGAUGCCUAUGUGCGAGCGUGUGAAAUGCCCUCGAGGUUAGGGCGCUAGCUGGGACCUUCAUGAGAUUGUCAAUCUCCUCCUCCCAAACUCGCUCGGGCGAGCGCAUAAAUUUCCUUCAAUCAGUCACACGAAGGGAUUGCUGCGUGGACAGUGUCUGCUAAGACUGCUGUAAAUUUCCACGUUCCCCGCUUCGGCGUCUGCGGAAAACAGCACCACCGGCAACUAGUUAAAAUACUGCAGGCAUGCCGAUGGAAUCUGACGUCGGAGUAUAAAAUAGGGUUCACGAGAGUUGGUUCAAAGUUUAUGGUUCGGCAGGAUCUAGAUGCCCGUUAUUUCUUUUCCGUUGCCAUUACUUUUUAGAAUUCCGAGUUUUGGAGCUGGCUUGCCAAGAAAUCAAAUUAAACCGUAUUUCUGUUUACCAGCGGUGCCUAUGAUUUUGGCAGAGUUGGUGUAGCUAUCACAGAGUCAGUUAUACAUUGCCACUGACCAGUAGAAACACUCGCAGCUGAAAGACUCGAUAGACAGACUCCUUUGCAUGUACUCAUUAUUUCCGAUAAUUACGAUGCUCGAACCUUCACACAUGCCCUCCAUUUCGCAAAUGAAAGCUUUGGUGAUGGUCGACGACCGACUUGUGCUCUAGCGACCUGAGUCGUAGUCGACUUUUCCGUGCACGACAUCACCACAUCUCUCUCGCCUGUGGAUUGUUCCUUAUCUUGUGAUCCUUUGCAAUUGUCCAAUCUUGGUCCUCAGGACGGAAAGGUAGUAGUACGCUGCGUCUUGCAACUGGGCUUGGUUAGUAAACAUAAUUUCCGCAGCACUAAAACUCGCGUAUGAGAAAGUAUUACUUUUUGUAUCAACUGAAGUAACUACAUACACGUGCUUCACAAUACCGGGCAGCAGAUGCGUCUGCGGUAUCUAGGCUGGCGCCGUCUUUGAACCAGAUUAUACUUUCUUCCACGCACCCCUAGAGGCAUGCCUAUAGACCGCAUCCAGAAUGCCGUGACGGAGCAUAGCCAAAGCUCUUAAAAGAAAAAUCCGGUCUUUCUGUGCCACCUAAGACGCUGAAGCCGACGGUCUAGGAAGAUUCGCGAAUUUAUUGGCCGGAGCCGUGGUUAUUAGCUCCGUUCAGUAGGCUUAAAGGCCUCCAUCCAAACGAAUAGAUUUGAAGGCCAGAACAAUGACUUCUUUGACCAAAUUUGUGAAACAAGAUCGUCUAGUGAAAACCUAUAGAUGAGAAUUCUGACCCUAGAAAGAACAGAAACUAAGACCGUCAAGCUCUCUGGGACGCUCUUACGCUGACUGUCCGCGACUUGACUUAUGAUCCCCUUAUUGGAACCCUACAUGUUGGCGCCUCGUGAAUACACCAAAGACUUCAUAUUUAGUGAAUAACACGCCACCGCCCCUCGGGGGCCGGGUUUCUCUGAGCUUGACACUCGUCAUGAUCCCAUUAGACAAUCUGUGACCAUUGCAAGAUCAAACCUGGCCUGAUAACUAGUAUUUGUCCGUCCUUGCUUCUGUACCCAGGUAGGGAGGACAAGACGAAGCCCGAGAACCACUGUGCACUCACACAAUGUCACUUAACCACUUUCGGCGUAUUUACUGGCAACCUCAUUGUUUCUGUGGUAAAAGGACUUUAUCAAGCCGGGUUUAGAUCUGAAUUUAGACGACUUAGCACAUGCGUUUGAAUACUCCCUUGAAAUCCGCUAUGGAAAUCAGUUGUUGUUACUUUUCUUCGCAUGCGUUUUCAGUCUUCAACUUUGUUCACCCCAAAUUCCUAUAGCUAAUGAUAGAGUUAGGUGGUCAGCUUGCCAUUGUUGUUCCUUAAGUUUCAGACUGCUCGGCUCGUCCUGUACCGUGGUCUACAUUGAUUCCUUACAAACGUUCUAACAUCGUCCGGACGUUCUGCGAGGGUGCGUGCUAUCACAUCUUUUAAAUAACGUCGUUCGUUGGAUUGCAAGUGUGGCCGCGCGUUUCCAACGGCAUCGUGAUUUAGUCUGCAUGAUGAAAGAUUGUUUUGAGUACACCGGAUACUUUUGCAAGCGUCAAGUCCGGACGACCCGUAUAUUUUCGUGGGUAGACAAGAUGACCUUACAGACCGCCACCGCCUUAACCCAAACACACCGCAUGGCAGACCACUUUAGUAGCGGUCAGGCCAAAAUCGAGCUAUACGGCCGUGUAACUGCUAACGUCCCGCAUUCUUUGCGUUUUGUUUCCGUUGCGUGAACUGCCUACUCGAAGACACCGUGUGGGGCAUAACGGAGACCGACCAGUCUUACACAGACACGUAGAGGGGCGACAAACUACGGGAUGUAUUCAACUCGAGGGCCUUUGUACUUUUCCUCCUCACCCCCAAUGAUAUUUUCCUACUUCCUGUGACUUACCUCAUCAAAUGUGCCGAGAUCAACAAGGUAUUGCUAAUCACUCGCAAGUCAACACAAGUCAGUCAAAACCGUAGGAGGUAGAACCAGGCGAGUGCGAUGCUGUCAAGGCUACUUUUAGGCCCUGUCCUACAAUUGUAAACGCACAACAGAGUGACCAUACUAAGGUGUUACAAAGUCUGCUAAUCUUAUGUCUGCACCGCUUCUAAAUUACGCACUACGGGAAGCUAGCCCACACGAGGAAUAUCCUACCAUAUGCCUAAAAGCUAACAACCAUUUAUUAAAGAGCCAUUUUGUGGCAAGUUAUUGAGUAUUUUCAAACAGCAGAAAAAUGUCGAAACGUAUGAACAAAGGUUUUAUUAUUGCCUUUUCUAUCAUGAAACCGCAGCCGCGAAUCUGUUUUUUGGGGUUGAUGCAACGCAUGGUUUCUAAAAACAACAUUGCCUACACCCUGAUCAAUCUGAUUUACGUGAAGAAAAAACGCAAUUUUCAAGUGUGGCAAAUUUCGCUUGGUAGUUUAGAUUGCUUUCCUCACAUUGAAAAGCGCGCACGGAUGCGCAAACUUACCCCAGGACAGCUAUUAGCGUAGGAAACUGUCCGCUUAAAUUUGUAGACAUUUUCACUGAAAACGUUAUUUAUUAACAUAUUCUGCAUGCAAAAGGGACAUUUUUCGGAACGGACUAGACGGAUGAAUAGUGUGCCCGGAAUCCGUCGUCACAAUUUUCGUCAUCACGUUUCAUGAGUUAGAUCACACACUGUAUUUAAUUGACCUGUUCUUUUGGUGUUAUCUGGGCUUCUUAACUUUAGGUAACCGUUGUCGAGUACCUCGGACAUGUCGGUGGAAUGGGAAUCGAUAUGGAAAUCAGCAAAUUGUUUUCAAAGGUCCUCACAAAACAAGGACUCACCUUCAAGCUCAACACGAAAGUCUUAUCUGCAAGCCGGAAUGGCAAGGAUAUCAUUGUAUCUACCGAAGGUGUGAAGGAUGGGAAGAAGAACGAGGUAUUUCCGACCACCUCUACUCUUAUUAUUUGUUUUGAUCUCAGCAGACAAACGUUUGACGCUCAAACUUGGUCGGCUGGCAGCGCAAGUGUUCGAUGCGUACCCCACUAGCAACUUGCUAUUCGCCUUUGCCCGUAAUCCGCAUUCCAAGUACAUCGGGACUUUCUUCCAGAAUGCUAUGUCGCAGCAUGUUCUAGCAGCUUCCUUCCGUUUAAAAAAAACAAGGGUGAACGGCACCGAUUGCCGUCUCCUUAUAAUCGAAAUCAUAGUUAAAAUGUUGCCUUUAUUGCUUGUUUUUAGAGAGCUGUUCUGCUUUUUGGUUAUAAGACGUUUCCCUAGCUCACUAAUGAUUUGUCCAUAUAGGAUGUACCUAGUCUAAAUUUGCAAAUUGCGAAAAUAGAUGCAGCUUAGUCCGCAGCUAUCAUAAAAUCUCUGGUUCCUUCCGCUAGAUAUUUUGCUGAAGUUCACCACAGUCAUUUUUAUCUGCAAUAUAUUACGAACUUAAACUUCUUUGUAACCGUUUUGGCCUGAUGGAGAGUUACUGAAAACACGUGCUCGCCAAUUUGACUUUUCAACAUUACGAACUAUGUGAAUAUCCCAUCUGCCACUGUUUUGCAGUUAACCUGCGACACCCUUUUGGUUUGUAUCGGUCGCCGACCCUAUACGACCAAUCUCGGCCUGGAGAACGUUGGCAUCAAAACCGAUGCACACGGCAGGGUCCCAGUCGACAAGCGUUUCCGGACUUCCGUACCCAAGUAGGCACCCACGAGAUGCAUGCUAUCUAUAAUGCCUUUUUUACUGAUAAAAAAGAUUCUCAUCGUAACAUGCGCAGCCUGCAUGACAUAAUAUCUACCUUAAGCGGAUAUUACUUAAACGACACAAUACAGGACUUUGUCCAAUGAAGUCAAUAGCCAGAUUCCAGGAAGCAGUCCAGAGGAAGAUGCAGUCUCUGGAACAAGAAAUCAACUCAACUUUGGGGGUUAUCACUCGAGCUUAUCAUCAGAGACAGUGACACACUUCGAAAAUGUGGGGACGUGUUUUGUCAGGGCCAUCACCUACCACAUCGGAUUAUUCGAAUUAUCUCGCAGCAUUCAAUUAUCUUUCGUAAAUAACGUAUUCUAGUUUGUUUUCCUUUGUUACAAACAACAUUUUAGUAAAUGAAUUGGGAGGAAACGUCAUUUAAUAUUUCUAGCUGUUUUCGGUACGAACCAAUUGCACAAAAUGGCUAACGAAGUUGAACUAAAUCGUUACCAAGUGAUGUCAGCAAAUUCCAAAAGUGCGCUUUGUAGGCAACGGACCGUAUUUCUAUAGAGCGAAUCACCGGAGCUAGAAAAAUCGCUGUCAGGGCGUACUAGACCUACGCCGGACUCAUUAGUUUGGAGUUUUUGUUUCUUGAGGCAGAAAAUGAAUUGGUUUGUGUCUGGAUUCUGUUGCCUAGGUCCUGCAUGCUCGUUCCGGUUUUGGACUGGUUAUUCCUGUGCAUUGAAUUUUUCCGUGUCUAAUUUAGCUUUUCUUUUUCAGCAUUUACGCGAUUGGCGACUGCAUCGAGGGACCUAUGCUUGCACACAAGGCCGAAGACGAGGGCAUUGUCUGCGUGGAGGGCAUGUGCGGCGGUGAAGUACACCUCGACUAUCUCUGUAUUCCCAGCGUGAUCUACACUCACCCUGAGGUCGCUUGGGUUGGCUAUUCCGAAGAAGAUUGCAAGAAUAAGGGCUUUGAUUACAAGUGCGUUUUUUGACUAUCAACUGGAAAUUUUGCGGCGACUCAUUCGUCCGUUUGCUUGUCGUCUGUAACCGUCCUCGGCUUCUUGCCAUUUCUACAGUGUCUUCUAUGUUAGGUUAUGAUUUCUUUCACUUGUAGGGUCGGUAAAUUCCCUAUGUCUGCCAACUCCCGCGCCAGAUGUAAUGACGAGGCCGAUGGCCUGUUUAAGGUGCUGGCUGACAAGAAGACGGACAGGGUCCUCGGAAUUCACCUUUUCGGUCCCCAGGCGGGUGAACUUAUCAAUGAAGGUGUGCUAGCCAUGGAAUAUGGGGCUUCUGCUGAAGACGUAGCUCGCGUGUGCCACGCCCAUCCUGUACGUCUUCAGCCUCCUUCAGUCGUGCUUCAUUUACUUCGAACACCAGGCGUUUGCCCGGCGUUUUUUUCUUUCUACAGAAAGUUUAGGUAACACUUUCCCAUAUGCAAGGUCUACCGUCUCCUGAAAUUUCUGGCAAAAUUUUGUCACCUCGCCACGCCUCAGUGCCAUCCAGAAAACUGUUAAUGCCAUAUAACGCCAAAACACCGAAUUCCGGGCAACUGGUAUGCGAAGUUUGGAUAGCAUGCAGUUGAACAGCUCAUAGCAAACCUCGAACGUUUGCUGAAAUGUUCUUUAGUCAAUGAUCCCACUUUCAAGCCGGUCUUAGUUUGUUUGCAGGUAGGCAAAUUUAUUGUGUGGUAUCACAGCAAUUAACCAAAUCUCACAAAUGCAUGGUAAAAGCUUUCGAUUGUACGCGAAAUGCAUCCGCAUACUUCCGACACUGGUACCAGCUACAAGACCUUGCAUUUGCUUCAUUGGAAGUGUUUACACCUCGUUCGUUGAGUACUUUUGACUAAACUAGACAUCUUUGUUUUUUGUCCGGAGUUCUGCAUCUGAUCCAAGCAUAUGAAGAACAUAUUUUUCUUGAUAAUUUUAACCAAUGCAUGUGGUUUUUCCCUUACAGACCGUCAGCGAGGCCCUGCGUGAAGCCCAUACUGCGGCGGCCUUCGGAAAAGCAAUCAACUGUUGA